ACGUUUCUCAGUGUGAGAACUCAGCAAAAUCCCGGAUUCAAUAACAAGAACCCUGUGCUAAUAAUGCCUGCAAGCCACGCAAGACAGCCGAUCUCGAUAGCGAUCGGAUCCUCGUCACGUUUACUCAGAGCUCGACUUCGCGCACGAAAUUUCAGACGAAGCUAUAGCCAGCAGACAACGCGCAUUGGGGGCUCUCGACGAUGGGCCGGACCUGCAGUCGCCCUUCUCGGAACAUUUACAGCGGCAACCGCGGCUUACGUUUUGAAAGGUCAUCAAGGAACUACAGAAGAGAAACCCUCAAGGCGGUUAGAGAAGGUCACGUUUGAGAAGCCCAAAACCGAUGCCUCGGUGACGGAAGAGCGAAAUCGCGAGCUCCUCAGUGCUCAGCAUGCACAAAUAAAGAAGAUGUCGGCCAAUCCCGGCAUCUAUAUUUGGGGAUCUAAUAAAUAUCGUGUCGUGGAUCCAGACUCGGAAGAAACAAUAAUCAAAGAACCACGUCGCUUGCGCUACUUCGAAGGCCAACUUCUCAGAGAUAUCAAAUUGGAUCAGACUUCAGGGGCUGCUGUGACUGAAAAUGGUGAUUUGGUUCAAUGGGGCAAAGGAUACUCGGAAACCGAUUUUCAACCAUCUCGGACUCUUACGGGAAAGAAUUUGAUCAAGAUUAGCAUGUCACGGGACAGAAUUAUCGCACUUUCCUCCAAUGGAAGCGUAUAUUCAAUUCCAACCUCAAAGAUUGAUCAGCAGUCAGGUUCAAAGCCGUCCGAAGGUUCCUGGAUUCCAGGGUGGUCCUCCAAGGCUCCAAUUAGCUAUCGACAGCUCGCACCUCUGUUGAGUCUAGGCGAGAAAGUUACGUCAAUCACCAGUGGUCUGGAGCAUGUUCUAUUACUUACUAAUGCUGGCCGUGUAUUCUCUGCUGCUGCGGCUACCGAGGUUUAUCCCUCAAGGGGUCAAUUAGGAGUACCCGGUCUAACAUGGGCAACUCGACCAAAAGGACCUGUGGAUUAUUGCCACGAAUUGUCAACAUUAAAAGAUUACAAAAUUGUUCAAAUAGCAAGUGGUGAUUUCCAUUCGCUGUUGCUUGAUAAAGACGGCCGUGUUUUCAGCUUUGGAGACAACUCCGUCGGACAACUGGGAUUUGAGUAUGAUCCAGCCUUGCCUAUGAUCGAUACCCCGACGCAAUUACCUAUAAAUGGUCUUUACUCAAGCAAAAACUGGUCCGCGCAGGUUACGAGUAUCGCCGCAGGCGGUUACACCAGUUUCAUUACCAUCGAUGCAGUGCGAAAGCUUCUUUCAGACGACGCAUCAGCACCCGUGAAGCCAGGCGCACUGAGUGUCGAUACAUGGGCUUUUGGAAGAGGCAUUCAUGGCGCUCUAGGCAAUGGAAAAUGGACGCAUUUUCAAGACACUCCUAGCAAACUGAAGGCACUCAGUGGUCUCAGCGAAUAUGACGAGAAGACCCAGAAAGUCCAACCUAUCCGACCCGUGCAAAUAGCAGUCGGUGCUACCCAUGCUGCUGCCGUACUGGGAAAUAAUACACACUUGACAAAUGCGAAGAAAUCAUCACUCGCUGAUAUCACAUGGGGCCAGGAUACAUUGUGGUGGGGAGGCAACGAAUCUCUCCAGGUUGGAACUGGCAAGCGAAGCAAUGUUCCCACUCCGAUCCAUAUACUGCCUCCACCUGACCUAGUGACCUCUACAAACCUCGAUGAGGCUCGGUUUCAGGUUAUUCCAGGCAAACAACGGAUAGAAUGUGGCAGGCAGGUUACUGCCGUCUAUUCGCUGAACAUGCCUCGUGAAAAGCAAAAAAGAGGGCGUCGUGCGCAAGAAAAAGAGAAAAGCGAGGAAAACAAGCGAAAACUUGAAGACGACCACGAGGAGCCAGCACUCAAACGACAACGGCCAUCAACAGAGAAUCAGCCUGAAGACUACAUACCGUUCGACUCUGGGGAACAGGAGACAGAUGCGCCAAAUGCGGAACAAAAUGAUACACCCUUUUAUGGAUUACUCGACUCCGAGGAACAAGAAUAUUUCUCGAGAGCCGCCGAAGUUCUCGAAUUGAAUCAGUUUCAGACGGCCGAGGAACAGAGCAUUUUCGUCGAGAGUGUAUAUGAAGAAGCAAAAGGAAAGGAAUUGAAGAUUGCAUGCAGCCAGUCUUGCUCACGUCUUUUGGAGAAAAUCAUAGCCCUUUCUAACACUGAUCAACUUCGACGACUCUUUGGCAAAUUCCUUGGACAUUUCUUACAUCUUAUACAACACCGAUUUGCGAGCCAUUGCUGCGAGACGCUCUUUGUCAAAGUAGCGCCCGCUCUCACUCAUAAAACACCCAAGGUCGCGAAGAAGCAGAUCAUAGAGGAGGAAGAGAACGAUGAGCCAUCCCUAUCACUGGCUGAUAUGUUUCUACAAGUUAUUGCAGAGCUGGAGAGUAAUUGGGGUUACUUGAUGACAGAAAGGUUCGCCUCUCACACAAUUCGCGUUCUCUUGCUUGUUUUGGCAGGUGAGCCGGUGGACUUGUCAUCGCAUAGCUCGGUUGUUGCAAGCAAGGCGAAAGAGGGAGUCGAAGUGCAUCGAGUAGAGGGGAGAGAUCAAUCUGUGUCCACAAAGCAUCACAUUGUCCCCGAUGCGUUCAUGGAUGUAUUGAAAAAAGUCAUGAAGGAUAUGACCGCUGGGCUGGAUGAUACUUAUCUGCGAGCAUUGGCUACUCACCAUAUCGGUAACCCUGUUUUGCAGCUUCUGGUUUCAUUGGAGCUAUCCCAUUUCGGCAAAUCAACCGGCAAAGAUCCACGCUCUGUCUUGCGACGAUUAAUACCGGAGGAUACCGUGGAGGAAGGUACACAGAGUGCUAUUUUCUUGACUGGUUUGCUAUAUGAUCCGGUAGGGUCAAGAUUAGUCGAGACUAUUGUGCGCUCUGCACCUGGCAAAUUGUUCAAGAAUAUACACAAAAAUAUCAUUCGUGAGAGGAUAGCGUCUCUCUCACGCAAUGAGAUUGCUUCAUAUGUCCUGGUCCGCUGUCUGGAGCGAGUUGGUAAAGAUGAUCUACAAACUGACUUGGAGUUGAUUAUUCCGGAAAUUCCUAAUCUCAUUGAGAGGUCACGACUUACUGUGCCCAGAGCAUUGAUUGAGCGCUGCCUCGUUCGGAAUAUCGACACGGCUCCUCUUGCAAAGGCAGUAGCCGAAUCACUUGAUAAAGAUCCCGCUAGGCGAUUACAUCAGUUACUUGAAUCAAGUACUACAGAUGGUUCGACAGGGAGAACAUCCCAACCUUCUGAAAACCCCACUCAAGGGAAGCCAAAAGCCGCGUCUCCAGUGCUCCUACACAAAUCACUCUUUGUACAAAAAAUGCUAGAAGCUCCCGGUGCAUUGAGUGAACUUGUUUAUUCCGGAUUAUUAGCGACCUCUACAGACACCACUAUAAGCAUGGCCUGCAACUCAGUCACGUCGCAUGUUCUACAAAAAGCCCUCACAGCUCCUACAUCAACUACUCAGUUCCGUCGUCAAUUCGUACCUCGAUUUUUGGGUCAUAUGAAGCAACUCGCUCUAGAUACGAGUGGAUCCCAUGUCGUCGAUGCCCUCUGGUAUGCCUCGAAAGAUAUAUACUUUGUUAAAGAGAGAUUAGCGCAAGAACUUGCCGACAGUGAGCAUGAUCUCCGUGAUUCAUUCAUUGGUCGCGCGGUAUGGAAGAAUUGGUCAAUGGAUCUUUAUAAGCGACGACGAGGAGAAUGGAAAGGAAAGGCAAAGGGGAUUGAUAACCAAACAGCAUUGAAUAAUGUCGAUGAGAAGGCACGGACCAAGUCGAAACUUGACCUUGCCAGGGAGCGGUAUGAUGCUUCAAAGAAAUCUGCUGCCAAAAUUGAGGGCGGCAGGACUGGCAUUACCAUGAAAAUUUGA